GCCUGCAGAUCCGAUCUAGCUAGCCGCUGCCCGCUGAGAAAGAUCCAUGCGAAUGACGUCAUACAUUUCUGUCUAUAUAUCCAAGGAGAGGGGAAACCAAGGAGGAGAAGGAGCGAAAAAAGACAGCGACCGAUCAGCUAUGGAGAAGAUAGAGCACACAACGGUGCCGACCAACGGAAUAAACAUGCACGUGGCCUCAAUCGGCGCCGGCCCACGCGCCAUCCUUUUCCUCCACGGCUUCCCGGAGCUGUGGUACUCCUGGCGCCACCAGCUGCUGUCCCUCUCCUCCCUCGGCUACCGCUGCAUCGCGCCGGACCUCCGCGGCUACGGCGACACCGACUGCCCUGCUCCGGCGGCCCAGUACAGCUCGCUCCACAUCGUGGGAGAUCUGGUGGGCCUGCUGGACGCGCUGGGGAUCCAACAAGUCUUCUUAGUGGGCCACGACUGGGGGGCCAUCAUCGCCUGGCACCUGUGCCUGUUCCGGCCCGACCGGGUCAAAGCGCUGGUCAACACCAGCGUCCCGUUCUCGCCUCGCAACCCCAAGGCGUCGCUGCUCGCCGGGCUCCGGGCCGCGUUCGGCGACGACUUCUACAUGUGCAGGUUCCAGGAAGUCGGGGAAGCGGAAGCUGACUUCGCCAAGGUGGAAACAGGGAAGCUACUGGCCAAAAUACUGACGUCCAGGAGCCCAAAGCCACCGUGCUUCCCCAAACACGUUGGUUUCAGCGCCAUCCCCGACCCUCCAGCCCUGCCACCCUGGCUCACCCAGGAAGACAUCGACUACGCCGCCGCCAAAUUCGACAAGACCGGCUUCACCGGUGCAUUGAACUACUACCGAUCCAUUGACCUAUCUUGGGAGUUGAUGGGGCCGUGGACAGGGGCGAAGGUGAAUGUGGCGACCAAGUUCAUGGUCGGGGAGCUGGACCUGACGUUGAACUUCCCAAGGAUGAAGGACUACCUCCUUAGUGGCGCCAUGAAGCAGGACGUUCCUCUCCUGGAAGACGUCGUGGUGCUCAAGGGCGUAGGUCACUUCCUCAACGAGGAGAGCCCCCAGGAGGUCACCAACCACAUCCACGACUUCUUCAAGGACAAGUAG